UCGCGACUAGACACGUCCCGUCAUCGCCGUCAUCCUCGUCAUCAUUACCGUUUGCUUUCGUCGUCGUCUUCGUCGUCGUCGUCGUCGUGGAACGGAUUAAAAACAAGUGUUGCCGGUGUUUGGUGUGGCGUGCGUAUCGGCUCACCUUCGAACCUUCCAGACUGUGUUCCAGCGGACGCAAACGAUUCGAAGGGGCCCAGCCGUACAAUCUCCUCCCUCGUCCUCGUGCUAGCGGGCCUGGGGAGGGUGGGAAGCGGAAUCCAGCACCAGUGGACCAGUUCGGACGAUUCGGAGUGUGAAGGUCACAGACAGGCAGGCAGACAGGCAGACAGACAGACAGACAGACAGAGAGGGCGCGCGCGCACAAAAACACUGGAGCCCGUGUCCGGUUUAUGCGUGUACGCCGUUCGCUGGACCAACGGCGGCCUGUCGCUGUCGCCGCAGCAACAACAGCAACAGCAACCGCCGUCAAUCAACUGUUCCGCGCAGGAGGGCAGGCUGGAAACGGCGCUACAUCUGGGCACCGCCAGCGCUGCCACCAUCGCCAGCACAGCCAUGGCACAGCCACCGCGCCCCAGCGGAGUUUCGGUUGUCGUGCAGUGUGUUGCACUCUCCCUGCUGCUACUGUUCCUGAUGCACAACGUGCUGUACUCCCGGACGAGUGCACAAUCGUUCGGUUCGCUGAAGCGCCACCGCAGCGAAUCGCAGACAACGCCAGCCAGCAGUACCACAUCACAGGAGGAGCUGAACGACAAGAUACAGACGAUCUACGAUCCAAACUAUCGACCACCGGCCGCCAGCAGCGGAGAGAAGACGGGGUCAGAGGAAGAGGAAGGGCAACAACCGUCAGUAACGGCGCUUACGCCGCGCGCGAGCCAUCGGGUAAGGCAAUCGGCCGGUAACACGCAACCACCCACAGGCACCAGCCUGCUCACGGUGUACCGUGGCAAAAAUGGCGAGCUGGUACCGGUGUUCGGUACAACAACACCGAGCGGAACAUCCAGCGAUAACCAGCAACAACAGCAGCAGCAGCUUGUCCGGCAACCGGUUAGCAGCAGAAAGAAGAUCAACGUGCUCAAUAUCGCGGUGACAUCCAACUCGAGCAGCGGCACGCAAACGUACGACUUCGGUGCCGACUCGUACCCGACCGACUACCCGUUCCAGCAGAUCCAGGAAAUACUGGAGAGAAAACGGGGCAUGUACCGGGAGGUGUUUGACAACACGAUACAGCAGGAGAAGCUGGUCACUCGCAUCGACUCGCCGACCGAUGGAUACCUGUGCAGCUCGCACAUCGCCCACAAGUACCCGACCUACCACCGGGAAUCCAACUCGUACAUCGUGAACGUGCAGGACUUUUACCAGGGUGUCACCUUUGACGAGUGCGACGAGGUCGGUGCAUUGUGCAGCAAGACGUGCGACUCGAUCAGCAGCCGGUACGAGUGCGAACAGAUCUACGGCCAGAUGGAGGUGCUGACCGUACCCCGCGAUGCAACCAGCUGGACGUUCAAGCGCCAAACCCUCUCCUUUCCCUCCAGUUGCAAGUGCAAACACAUCGAUCUGCUGGCGAACGAUUAGCCCCCCCCCCCCUCCCGCUACUAGCCGAAGAGACUAGUACCCCCCUCCCGGGGGUCAUUGCGCCCCCCGGCAACCGUUCGAAAGCACACAGUGAUGACACUGUCCUACCACCAACCGAGCGGCGCUACGGCGAGUUUCUCCGUCCAUUGUCCAUUCCCGAACGCGAGGCCGCUGUCGAUCAAGCCAUCAACUAGCUGUGAAGCGCGAGAGCCGUCCGUGCGUCGAAUGGGGAGAGCGAAGCCCGCUAGUGCUCUUAUCCUUUUUUUUACCGAAUAAGCAUCGUCCAGGAGGUCGGUUUUGUUUGUGGUGCUGUGGGCAACGAGUGGGCAGUUUUAGCGUGGCCCUGGCUAGGGAGCUGGUGCAGAAAGAUUACGAAACCGAAGUAGCAAGACAGAAGGAAGAAUAACGCGGAAAGAGAAAAGAAAAACGAAUCAAGUGCGAAGUAGUGUGAAGUCCGAAACGCCACCGCGUCCCCAAUCCGAUCCACUAGCUCUAGGUGAUGAACCAAAAAAUAAACUGAAACCCAAUCUUG